AGACUGAGUUGUUAUUUUGUAGGUAGCCUGCAGCCUGGGGAGGCGAGUCCGCUAACUAGCUAGCUAGUUAGCUAGCUAGCCACUGUUUAUUUUUAAGCUUGAAUUUGAUUUUCCUCACUUGCUUUUCUGUUACAUUUAUUCAAGUAACUGGUCCAGUUCCGGACAUAACAAUUGUAAAGCGGUUUAAGCAGUUUUUAAGCUAGCUAUAAUGGAUCCUCUGGUGGCAGAGCUCUUUGGUGCCAGUUCCGGAUUGAAGUCGGGUUCUCAAGGACUGUGCUCUGGUUCUGGCAACGGGUUUGGAAUGGUCUCCAAAAAAGCAUGUUCGAAGAACGGCAAAAAAGUAAAGAAUCGAUCAGCCAGGAACACAAAACCCAGCAAUAACCCUCCGUAUCUACCUCCAGAGGCUGAAGAAGGAAACAUAGAGUACAAGCUGAAGCUGGUGAACCCCACGCAGUACCGCUUCGAGCACCUGGCGACGCAGAUGAAGUGGCGGCUCCAGGAGGGGCGGGGCGAGGCGGUGUACCAGAUCGGCGUGGAGGACAACGGGCUGCUGGUGGGCCUGUCGGAGGAGGACAUGAGGGCCUCGCUGAAGACGCUACGCAGGAUGGCAGAGAAGGUCGGCGCUGACAUCACCGUUCUCAGAGAACGAGAGGUGGACUACGACUCGGACAUCCCCCGGAAAAUAGCAGAGGUUCUCAUCAGGAAGGUGCCUGACGAUCAGCAGUUCCUGGACUUGCGGGUAGCGGUGCUGGGAAACGUGGACUCGGGGAAGUCCACCCUGCUGGGCGUUCUGACCCAGGGCGAGCUGGACAACGGCCGGGGACGGGCGCGCCUCAACCUCUUCAGGCACCUCCACGAAAUCCAGUCCGGCAGGACGUCCAGCAUCAGCUUUGAGAUCCUGGGCUUCAACAGCAAGGGAGAGGUGGUAAACUACAGUGAGUCUCGAACGGCCGAGGAGAUCUGUGAGAGCGCUUCCAAAAUGAUCACGUUCAUCGACCUUGCCGGCCACCACAAGUACCUGAAGACCACCAUUUUCGGCCUUACCAGCUACUGCCCGGAUUUUGCCAUGCUGGUGGUGGGAGCCAACACAGGCAUUGCGGGUACGACGCGGGAGCACCUUGGCCUGGCCAUGGCCCUGAAGGUGCCCAUCUUCAUCGUGGUGAGCAAGGUGGACCUGUGCCCGCGUGGGACGGUGGAGCGGACCGUGCGUCAGCUGGAGCGCAUCCUAAAACAGCCCGGCUGCAACAAGGUGCCCAUGCUGGUGUCCAACGAGGACGACGCCGUCACCGCCGCCCAGCAGUUUGCCCAGUCGCCCAGUAUCACGCCAAUCUUCACCCUGUCCAGCGUGUCGGGGGAGAGUCUGGACCUGCUCAAGGUCUUCUUCAACAUCCUGCCCCCACUCAGCAACAGCAAGGAGCAGGAGGAGCUAAUGCAGCAGCUCACAGAGUUCCAGGUGGAUGAGAUCUACACAGUGCCGGAUGUGGGGACAGUGGUGGGAGGAACUCUCUACAGUGGGAUCUGCAGAGAGGGGGAGCGGCUGGUCGUGGGGCCCACUGACCAGGGCCAGUUCCUGGGGCUGAAGGUGCACAGCAUGCAGAGGAACCGCUCCACCUGCAGGGUGCUGAGGGCCGGCCAGGCCGCCACGCUGGCGCUGGGGAACUUCGACCGCUCGCUCCUCCGCAAGGGCAUGGUGAUGGUGAGCCCGGAGAUGAACCCCACCAUCUGCUGGCGCUUCGAGGCCGAGAUCGUCCUGCUCUUCCACGCCAAGACCUUCCACAAGGGCUUCCAGGUGACCGUGCACGUGGGCAACGUCCGGCAGACGGCCACAGUGGAAUGCCUGCACGGGAAGGAGGAGCUGCGGACGGGCGAGAAGGCGGUGGUGCUCUUCCGCUUCAUCAAGCACCCCGAGUACCUGAAGGUGGGGGCCAAGCUGCUGUUCAGGGAGGGCGUGACCAAGGGCAUCGGCCACGUCACCCACCUACAGCCCGCCUCCCUCUACCAGCAGGACUCGUAGGGAGGCUGGCGAUAUCCCAGCAUUCUCUCCAUAGCUCCUUCCUCCGAAUGCCUUUUUUCUCCCCCCCCCCCCCCGCUCUCUUUGUAAAUUCUGUCCCUGGGUUUGCCUUCACUCGUGUGUUUCCUCCACACCCCCUUGUUUUCUCCCUUACCUCCAAAGACCUUCCUCAUAUUUUAACUGAAUUUGUUUCUGACGGCCUUGGGUUUUUGCAUUUCAAAUUGCGGCAUCCUUCUCUCUCUCUCUCUUUUUUCUUUUCUUUUUAAAAUGUAUGGCAUUGUGGACUGUUAAGUGGGUGGGGGGCAGGGGGGCGGGUUGUGGGUUCUUGAGUACUCGCCAGGCUCACGGUCGGCCCGUCUUCCCCAGACGGGCGUGGCCGAGGAGCCGGAGCGCCAGGUGUUUGUCAGGUCAGUAGCAGAAGGUUCCAGGCCCUGGGUCUGGAGGGGACGCCGUAUCAGAGCUGGACUGAGCAUGAGCGCACCUCCACAAUUUCACCCUUCCUGUUCAGGCCAGUGUUCGGUUACAGCUAAAUCAGUUCUCAUUGGUCGAGCUUAUUGCUCUGUCAUAUUGGCUGAUUUCUAUUGGUGGAGCUCUGCUGGAAGGAAACCCAGCAAGGCGGAGCGUGCUCCCCAGAGCCCGGGUCCGGAAACACUGCUUUAUGCAGUCUCCGAGGCUGCCGUUCAGAGAGAGAUUUCUAAAAUUCUCAUCUCUGAACUGCAGCGAGUGCAGCGAGAGAGAGAGGGAGGAUGAGCGGCUGUCUGGGCGGGCGUGCCCCUGAAACCAGGUGGAGUGCCGCUUAGAAGAGUUUACACGGGGAUGUCAGACUCCAGCCCCGGAGGGCUGCCGUUCCUGUUUUUCUGGCCUCCUGUCAGUCAGGACAUUAGCUGCUGGAGUGCAGAAAGGCAGCAGAGGUCGGGUAGACCCUGUGGCCCUCCGGAAUCGGAGUUUCACGUCCCUGCUUUCAGAACUACAUCUUACAAAUGUGAACGAGGCACUGAGCUGCUCCAUAAACGCAGUGUGACGGGGAGGUUCGGCGGCACCCAGCGCUUUGAAAUGUUUACAGUUCCAAAAAAAAAAAAACCAAUCCACGAGCUAGCUGUAGAGGGCGUUUCCAGGAGACUUUGUCUCCACGGCAGCUACCAGGACUGCUAUGAGCCGAGGAGAGAGUGCCAGGCACAAGCCCCUCCCCUGUCAGAAACCCAGCACAUCUCCCAUUGGCCGUGUGGGCCUGGGCACACAGCGAAUGACCCAGACCUGGAGGAACACACAGAGUAUUUUCCUUUGAGGUCAAAGGGCAUUUAGGGGGUCAAAGGACAUUCCUUUGUUAAUAUCAAGGGAGCUUCUAACACUUGUUACUGAGAGGACUACUUCAAGCUACAGUCCCGUUCUAUGGAACAGUGGGGGUGUGGUCUCCCCAAAAAGUCUUUCACAGCAGACUAGCUUCUCUUCUUUCCCCCCCCCCCCCCCCCCUCAGGCAGGUCACGUGGGUACCUUACCCAUUACCCUGGUACAUUUAUUUUCCUUGUUUGGAAAAUCGCGAACAAGAAUUUUCACAACGCCUUUCAUGUAGCCCUGGCUGAGAACCAGCUAGUGGAAUCCUACCUGCCUAUUUCAAGUGCUUUAGUUGCUUGGGAUAAUCGUAGAUCUCUUGGACAGCAUUCCAGUUUCAGUGCUGCCUAUUCAGUUCCCUCGUUACUGAGAGAAAAUGUCACACCUUGGUAUCCUCUAAUGUUGAGACUGACAGUCAAAAUAUAAAACAGAACACUGCUGACUUGCACAGCGCUGAACGCCAGUGUUCCUCGGUGGUAUGUGCUGUGCACGAAUGCUGUGCUUUGCGUGUGAGGACGUCGGUCUUAAUAGGGCCCAGUGUGGACCGCCCUAUCGGUCCAGUAAUGCAGGUCAGCAUCUCAGCUUUAUCUUUUGUAGUUUUAUCACUUUAUAUUUACAGUGGGGGUCAAACUCAGUGCCUACAAAAGAGGGACUACAUUUGUGUUUCUUCUUAUUGCACCCCGUGAUUUUAGAUACAUUUUUAAAAAAUUUGAUUUGGUGCUACUCUGAAACGUAGUUUGAUAACUGUACACUGAACGGGGACAGCGUAAGCGCGUUAUUGAAUGCCAUGUUCAGGACUUGAGGACUGUGUCAGACUUGAUGCAUGUCGUGAGUGAAAAAGAGGAGAGGGUGCUCCCUCUGAAAAAACAGAUGCAGUAAAAAAAAAAUUUAAAAAAAACUCCCCGUCCGGAGGCCUUCAAAACGUAUUGUGUGUCCACCGUGUGUUUGCCCGUAUUCAUAUGUGGUUCUCGUGCAAUCAUAGACAGAAAAGCAAAAAAACGAAUGUAUACGAACCAAAACAUUUUAUAAAGGGGAAAGCUAAUCAAAUUGUUUCAGAUAAAAACCAAAUGCUUUUUCGUUUUUACUUGUUAAAUGUGUUUCUUCUUGAAUUUGUGUGUCAUCACGUUGUCGCCCAGUUUCCCCGUUCCCCGGGUCGGAACGUGACGGACGGGCCCAUGUCAGCACGGGUGUUCUUUUUCACCAACGCAGAAAAAGUGUUUUCUUUUACUUAAAAUCUAAUCUAAUAUUUUAAUCUGCUUUUGGAGUGAAGUACUAGAGAUUUAUGUACAAAUCCUGUUUGUAUAUUACGGUGUACAUAAAUAAAAUGUUUUAUUACUGA